AGAUGUGGCCCUUGUUUAAGGAUAGCCCCAGCUUUCAAUGCUCUGAGUAACAAAUAUCCCCAGGCAACUUUUUUGGAGGUAGAUGUGCAUCAAUGCCAGGGAACAGCUGCUACCAAUAAUAUAUCAGCAACACCGACAUUUCUGUUUUUCCGAAACAAAGUGCGAAUCGACCAGUAUCAAGGAGCAGAUGCUGUAGGUUUAGAAGAAAAAAUUAAACAGCACCUGGAGAAUGAUCCUGGAAACAGUGAAGAUACAGAUAUCCCAAAAGGAUAUAUGGAUUUAAUGCCAUUUAUCAAUAAAGCCGGCUGUGAAUGUCUUAAUGAGAGUGAUGAGCACGGAUUUGAUAAUUGUUUACGUAAAGACUCUACCUACUUGGAAUCAGACUGUGAUGAGCAGCUGCUUAUUACUGUAGCUUUUAGUCAACCUGUCAAGCUUUAUUCUAUGAAACUUCAGGGGCCAGAUAACGGGCAAGGUCCGAAGUACAUAAAAAUCUUUAUCAACCUUCCUCGAUCUAUGGAUUUUGAAGAAGCAGAAAGAAGUGAACCAACUCAAGCCCUGGAGCUGACACCAGAUGACAUUAAAGAAGAUGGUAUUGUCCAGCUUCGCUAUGUAAAAUUUCAGAAUGUUAACAGUGUAACUUUGUUUGUCCAAUCCAAUCAUGGUGAUGAAGAGACAACAAGAAUUACAUACUUCACGUUUAUUGGAACUCCAGUCCAAGCAACAAAUAUGAAUGACUUCAAGCGAGUGGAAUUUGCAGAAUUGGAGAUUGGAAGGAGACUUGGUAGUUGGCAAAAAAGGAGAGAGCCACUAGGAUGCAAAAGACACUGGAAGGCCUUAUCACAAUCAGAGAUCUUCACUUUUAUCUACAACUCCUGGAUAAUUGCUUGACCAUAACCAGAGACUGUCAAUCUGUUUCAUUUAAUGCCAUUACCAAUAAAUCAUUGCUUUUGUUGAGAUGGAGUUUCCCUAGUGUGUUUCUGUUGUAAUCCUCGUACAUGUAUUUGUAAAUAAAAUUCAUUACUUUUGCCAAGUUUAAUUUUUGUUACUCUAGUAACUGUGGCUCUUACUUUGUUCCAUUUAAACUUCAAAACUCAGCUGGCUUAUCUUUAGAAACAGAAGACAUAAUGUAGCUUGCAUUUGUUCAGUUUAAAAUGUCAAAUAUAAGUAGAACAUAGAUGGUCUCUGAAGGCCAUCUAAAAUAAAAUCCGAGCUACUUUGUUAUAAGACCAGGUGAACUUGGGGUCAUUGUUCCCACAAAAUACAGCUACUUCUCGGAUAGGAAUAACUUCACCUCUUCUGGAAAUUUCCAUUUCCCUCCCCACCUCAAAAAGCAUCGGAGGAGGAAGCAUAUUAUAAGUUACCAUGCCAUUAACCUGCAGAUUUGUCACAAACGGCAUGCUGAUGCAAGCUGUUUGGCAGUGAGAAUUCUUGAGUCUUUUGAAAGUGUUUGGGUUUUUUAAUAUUAUUAGAGAAUAUUGACCUCGUUUCCCAGGCAAACUCUAGCAAGCUGUGCAGUUAUGGGGAUUUAGAUGUUUAUGCACCCCACCUGAACAUAAAUGCUUUCUUUCUUUUAUUGGGUGUUGUUUUCCUCUCUCUGGAUCCUGAUAAGGAAAUAUUUAUUGCAAAUAUUAAUUUUACAUCUUAAUUGGAAUUCCUAUACUACUUUGGUAAAUUUUCUUGGAAGUGUGCCCUAAGUAAUUUUAAUAAAUCGGGCAUUGAUCAGCACCAUAUAUGUAUAAUACUGUAUAAAUUCCCAGUAAAACUUGCUAAGUGUUUUAAUUGGCAUAAUUAAUUUCUCUGUAAAGUUGAAUUUGUUACAUUUCUAAUUACCAUAAAUCCCACUAAGGCUUAAAUCCUGUCCUAAUUGGCAUUCCUUCCUUGAACACAGUAGGGUGGUUCUCUUCUGGCUUGGCAGAUUUGUAUGUUAAUACCAAGUUAACUUUCUGUUAGCAUAGAUAUUUUCUCCAAGCAGAAAACGGGGGAUUGUCUAGAAAAACAUUCUUUCCGAGGCGCUGUUUUUUCACUGUAUUGCUGCGUACUCCAGGAUACUCACCUGCCUGUGCUAUAGUCGAUGGCAUGCGAUGAUGACUUGGUUUCUUUCGUACUUCCUCAAUGUUUUGCUUCAGCAGGGGGGUGUAAGGCAUGUAACACACUGUGUAUAUAGAAUAUAAAUCAUUUUUAAAUAUAACUGAGGGCAAUAUGAAUAACUGUUCCUGUUUAUAAUUUUGUACACUAAUUACCUUUUGGGUUAUUGUUUAAGUGCCUCAUCUUAAGUAUUGCUUACCUCAUAAUAUUUAUACCUGAGAGAUUUGAUAACCUAGUGAUUCUCAUCUUUGUAAAAGAUUAGUCAAAUUUAUAUUGUUUAUGAGACUCUUCUGUGAUUUCCUUGGUUGCAUGAUGCAUACCUUCCAUAAUGAUCCUAUGUACAUAGAUCUAAAUAAAUGUUUAGAGGUAACCG